GGCGCGCUGACGAGAGUAUAGUGAGGGUGUUUUCCAGAUUUAAAAGCACCGGAGCCGGCCCCUCUGACAAACCGCGCUGCGUCAUCGACCUGGGGACACUCAAAGCAAACCUUCAGUAAGCUGAGGAGAGUCAAACUCACCUCACUCAGUUCCCUUCGCAGCUCUACCUGCGCUCCGCGUCUAGAUCCACUCACAGGACUUCUCCCCCGCUCUGGUGCGCUGGAGUUUAGAGUUGUACUCUCGCUUUUCUGCGAAGUAUGCUUUUAUAUCCCGGAGUGUGAAGUGAUCUAUCUCUUUUUAUACUCCAGGCGCUUUUUACUUUAGUCCCAGAGAAAGUUACGCAUCGCUUGUUGAAUGCAGGAUACCUUCUGCCUCAGCGUCAAUUCCAAGUUGAGCUUUGGAGCAACAGCCGGUAAGGAGCGGGGACUCCAGUGUGUCACCUCUCUCAGCGCCGACAUGAAGUCUGCAGAAGAAGACGCAUACAGCUACACACCAAACGUCAGCUUGUCCCUUCCUGUAGGCAUGGGCAACCCCUGUCUCGCCACCCAGUACCACACCUUACAGUCCAGCCCGAUCAUCUCAGUUACCUCCUGUCACCAGACAGGCUACAGCCUCCAAAAUGACAACCAUAAUGCAUCAGGUUAUUACCUUCCCCACGGCCUGAGACUCAAUGGGGCCCCCGCCUUGGAAAGCCCUCGCAUUGAGAUCACCGCCUACAGCCAGUACCCUGAGGAUGAGGUUGAAGAGAGCAACAGUGAGGACCACAUCAUCAAGCGUGGCGUUAACUCCAUCGUGACUCUGACGCUGCCCAAUGCGGAUGGAUACCGUGAUCCCAGCUGCCUCAGCCCCGCCAGUAGCAUUUCGUCACGUAGCUGCAACUCCGAGGCGUCGUCAUACGAGUCUGGCUUCUACAACUACGACAACUCACCGCAGAACUCCCCCUGGCAGUCUCCAUGCGUGUCUCCCAAAGGCACGUCUUCACUCCUGUCCUGCCAUCAUGCCAGCGGCAUUGCAGCUUCCCCUCACCGCUCACCUUCCACCUCCCCUCAGAUAGGAGCUGUGGCAGAGGAAGGCUGGCCCGCGCAACCCCGUGGCUCCAGGCCGAACUCCCCUUCCUGUGGUGGACUCAACAGCAGCGGCGGCAUGGGAAAGAGGAAGUACAGCUUCAACGGCACUCCGUAUCAUCAGACAUCCUGUUCACCCAACCAGUCCCCAGUCCCAUCCCCACAUGGCUCCCCAAGAGUCAGCGUCACAGAUGAGAACUGGCUCGCCAACACCAACCAGUACACCAACUCCGCCAUCGUGGCAGCCAUCAACGCCCUCACCACUGAUGGAGUGGUAGACAUGGGGGAGGGAAUCCCAAUCAAGACAAGGAAGACCAUGCUGGACCAUUCAUCAGCCAUGGGCCUGAAGAUGGAGCCUGGUGGCGAAGUGCUGGGUCCUGAUGGCGAGCUCUGCCAUGAGGACUACCCCUCCCGCAUGGCUCUAAAGAAGGAGAACUACUGUGGAGGGUUCUUGGAUGUGCCCCAUCACCCAUACUCCUGGUCUAAACCCAAGCCUUACCUCAGCCCAUCUCUGCCAUCCCUUGACUGGCAGCUCCCGUCCUGCUCCGGCCCGUACAACCUACAGAUUGAGGUGCAGCCAAAGUCCCACCACAGGGCCCACUAUGAGACCGAAGGCAGCCGAGGGGCGGUGAAGGCGCAGUCUGGGGGCCAUCCUGUAGUACAGCUUUACGGCUACAUGGAAAGCGAGCCGCUCACCCUGCAGCUGUUCAUAGGGACCGCAGACGACCGCCUCCUGCGACCACAUGCCUUCUACCAGGUCCACCGCAUCACCGGCAAAACCGUCUCCACCGCCAGCCAUGAAGUCCUGCAAUCCAACACCAAAGUUCUGGAGAUCCCUCUGCUGCCUGAAAACAACAUGAGAGCCAUAAUUGACUGUGCAGGGAUCUUGAAGCUGCGUAAUUCAGACAUCGAGCUCCGCAAAGGGGAAACCGACAUUGGCCGUAAAAACACCCGCGUGAGGUUGGUGUUUCGAGUCCACAUCAACCAGCCCAAUGGCAGGACGGUUUCUCUACAGGCUUCUUCAAACCCGAUUGAAUGCUCCCAGCGCUCGGCCCAGGAGCUUCCCUUGGUGGAGAAGCAGAGUAUGGACAGCUCCCCUGCAACUGGAGGCAAAAUGGUUCUCCUCAGUGGCCUCAACUUUCUCCCUGACUCCAAGGUGGUGUUUGUGGAGAAGGCCCAGGAUGGCCAUCACCUGUGGGAAACAGAAGCCAAAGUUGACAAGGAUUCCUUCAAAUCAAGUUCCCUCGUGGUGGAGAUCCCACCGUACAGGAACCAGAGAAUAUCCAGUCCCGUGCAGGUUAACUUCUACGUCUGCAAUGGCAAGAGGAAGAGGAGCCAAUACCAGCGCUUCACCUACCUGCCUCCUAAUGUGCCGAUAAUAAAGACAGAACCCAGUGAUGAAUAUGAUUCUCUGGGGACUGCAAGACUGCCAAUGCAUUCAAAGCCCUAUUACAGCCAGCCCAGGCUCACUCCCAUCAUGCCUGUUGCCGAUCCUGAUGCCUGCUUGGUUGGUGGCUACCCUCCCUGCCCGCCCCGUCAUGCUGCCAUGCCAUCGCCAUCUCCCAGCUCCAGCCCAACCCUGCAUGACCUGUCCCCUGUGGUGUACACCAAGUGCCUCCCCAACAGCCCGACCCAUGCGGCACCACCAGGCUCUGUGGUACCCCCAAUCCAAGAGACCCCUGGCUGUCCAAGCCUUGGCCACUCAGCAUCACCAGACCACAACACUUCCCUUGGUAUGCUCCAUUCCCAGGGCAGCCCCAACCACCUCAACAGUCCAGGGCCUCAUGGUUACCAUCCAAUCUAUGCCAACAGCAGUCCCUCAUCAUCCCCGGUAUCCCAUCCAUCCACUCCCGGGGCAUCAGCAGAGAGCCCAUUCGUUCAGGCCUACAGCCCCAGUCAGGCCCAGGCAGCAGCCAGCUCACCAAGCCUGUUACCUGAAGAUGCCAGUCCCCCUGUCACCGUCAAACAGGAGCCCCAGGAACUGGACCAGAUGUACCUAGAUGAUGUUAACGAGAUCAUCAAGAACGACCUCUCCAGCAUCUCCGUGCACACACACGCAUAGACGUCCAGAGGUCUUCUGCAGCAUACACUCAAACAACAACAUCAGAGGACAAACAAACAGAGAUCCAGAUGAUGAGGAACAAAGUUUUGACCAGGAUCUCCCACCCGACCACCCCUGCCCUCAGAUCCUCCUCCCUCAAAGACUCGCUGAAGAAACACAUCGACAAUCACUGGGAAGCUCAAGUCGGGGGACAAAAAACAGAUGAAUGUCAAAAUUCCACAAAGGGAAGUGAUAUCAGGGGCAAAGUAUACAGCGACACUUGCCUUAAUUCACAGCAGAUGUUCUUUUAGUGGACCAAACAGCUCAUUGAGACUGAAUUACUCCAAUCGUUGACUAAUGACAAUCUUCAAUCUAAGUGUGAUCUGUGAGUUAAUGCAUGGACAAGCUGACAGGACAAAAAGUGACACGUUUUAUCACUUUGGUUCAUUUGUUUGUGCAGUCAGUCCGCAACAACCGAGUCAGUGCCUUACAGCAGUGAUAUAGACAGCAAGCAACAGCAGCAGCAGUCACACAGAUGCAAAAGGUUCAUUGUAACCCAAAGUGGAAGUUUUUCUAUGAUGGUUUUGUAUCAUUUCAAUGAUUUGUUUACAGGGAAACAGGAUUCAAAGCUGGAAAUAUGUAGGGAUUAUGUGAAUAGAUACAUGUAUUUUUUCUUGCUUCCUCAUUAUCUCAUGGUUCAUUUAUACUGAAUGUUAUUGUAUGAUAUUCUUUUGUAUAAACAUGUAUUUGAAAAUGUUAUUAUGUACGCCUUAUGCUCAUAUCAUGCAGUUUGCUAUUUAGCCUCUUGUUAGUUUCAUUUGUCUUCCCCUGAUUUGAUUUCUAUUACUCUGCAUACUUCUUUUCACCUUUGUGCCUAUUUUUUAUUACCCUGCCCCCGUCUUCCACCUGAACCAUGACAUGAUGAUGCAAAGACAAUCAGAGAAAUAUAAUGAACAUAUCCUAUGGUGACAGUCCCUUGUUGCAGGGACGUUUAAUGCAGGUAUGAGAGUUUUCUCCUUUCCCAGCUGUCUGAUAGUUAAACAAUGGUAUACUUACCUGCUGAAUAUAAAUGAGAAUACUCAUGGGGAAGAUGUAUUUGUCUGUUACUUACUUGCACUGCAGGUCUGCAUGUAAAUAGGCACAGGGAUAAUCUAAGAACGCCACAGGCUCAGUUUUACUCGUCAUUCUGCUGAGGAGUUGGCAGGACUGUUACUUACUGCUGGCAAUAAUUGAUCUGAGUAAACCAAAGGAUUUUUAUCUUUGGUGAAAUUAUUGUCCAAGUUUCCGUUUUUCUGUCCAAGACUUCAGUGCAGAGCGGCUUAGAAAAAUCAUAAUGCACUUUACAGAGCAGCUUUUCUUGCCUCCAAACCAAAUAGACUGAUGUCCUCUGUCAUAAACUCACCUACAUCCACUUCUGUCCCUCUCAGCAGCAGUCUUUUCCACGUGAUCUGUCUUUUGGAGCAUGCAUAUCGUACCGAUGUUUGGGAUCAUUUAGCUGACAGUAGCUCACAGUAUAGCUUCCUUAUACAUUUUUGGACAAAUAGUAUAAUAGCAUGACUAAACUGCAUAAAUAAAGUUUCUAUUUUGUGCCUUACUCUCUUUCUUGGCCACAAAAUCACUGCAACUCUGUAAUGCUUUCUGUGUAGGCACAAGGUGAAACAUAUUUCUCUUUAAUAUGAAAUAUUUAUGAAAAAUGAAAUGUGUUUUAAGUGCAUUCAAUGUGUUCUCAACAAUGAAUAAAUAAAUGGCAUAAUGGUGACCAUAAAUAA